AUUGUUGUGUUUAGUGGAACGUAACGCGGGCCGGGGCGGGGGCUCGCCGGGGCGGAGUCGCCCGGGGCAGGCCUCCGUGCGGACGGCAGUCGGUGCCGCGCCACGCGACCCUCCACACCUCUGACAUGUGACCGUACAGCAUGGAAGACUGUGAUCUCGCCCAGUACCGCGACAUGAUCAUCGAAGGGGAACUACCUCUGGACUUGAGGCCGCCGCCGCGCCUCUAUUUACCUCAUUACCUGCGCGACGAUGGAGAUUCAGAAUAUCCGCAAGACGACACCUACGUCUCCGUGGACGAAGACACGCCAGACUUGCCGCCGCCGUCCAGCGACUCCGAGAGAUACGACGCGCCCAGCCCGACCGACAAAAAGCCUGCCUCACCGAAGAAACCCAAACAGAAAUCGUCUUCUCAACUCAUCAAGCCACCUUAUUCGUACAUUGCUUUAAUAACAAUGGCGAUUCUUCAGUCGCCGCACAAGAAGCUGACUCUGAGUGGUAUUUGUGAGUUCAUUAUGACAAGAUUUCCGUAUUAUAGAGAAAAGUUUCCGGCGUGGCAGAAUUCGAUACGGCAUAACUUGAGUUUGAACGAUUGCUUUAUAAAGAUUCCACGAGAGCCCGGGAAUCCUGGGAAAGGAAACUAUUGGACGCUGGACCCGUUGGCCGAGGACAUGUUCGACAACGGGAGCUUCCUGAGGCGCCGGAAAAGGUACAAAAGACCGGCUCCUUCGUUACAACACGCUCACGCGGUUGUGGCCAUGUUAGCGAGGGAGGCUUACGCUCCGCUGCUGCCUCUACCGUGUUAUCUACCGCCCACGCCACUGCUGGCCCUACCUCGUCCGCCUCCAGCAACGCUGCGGCCUGUGCCGCUACCACCAAGGGUUUCCGAGACUACGGAACCUCGCAGUAAGAGAUCGCGCAACGGUUUUUCAAUAGAGUCCAUUAUUGGCUCACAAGAGUCAAUGUCAGAGCCGAGGAGAAGCGCGUUUUUGCCCCUGCACCCCGGGAACAGUCCGCCCGACGACUGGGCCAGGUGAAUGUUUCUGAACGGGUGCGUGUCAACUCCAUCCCCGUUCUAAAACCCGCCGUCGGUAAACGCCGGCUCUGUGUUCUAUUAGGCCAAAGAAAGUGUUCUUAGAUGCCGAGUGUAAAGACGGAUAAAUGAUAAACAUUUUGAAAAAUAAUUUGUAUGUACUAGGUAUAUCGAUGAAAAUUCCAAAUCCAGUAGUUACCGAGUCUUGUAAUAAUUCAACGUUUUCUUGUUUUGUAAGUACCUUCAAACAGUAAUAAUGUGUACGUGAAAUGUAAAUACAUCAAUUAACGCAUGUAAUCAUUUAGGGAAUUCCGUUUUAUUUGCCAAUUAAAAAGACAUUACUUUUAGAUAAUUUAUUCUUAUUUAAUAUCGCAAACAGACAGUUUGUUUAUGUGUAUAUUUAUUAUGCCCUCAAUCGAGAUGCAAAAAUAAUAUUAUUGUUAAGUAACAUUUAUCUAGUCAUUUUGUGUACAAAGUAGGUAUGAAUAAAUUAAGUCACAUUGUAAAUACUAUCUUAUUAUGAAGUUGUUGUGCGGAAUUAUCGAAAGUUUGUAUUUUUGAAUAAAAUCAUUCAGAAUUAAUUUUGAACGCCGGUCAAAUGUUGUACUUGUAGAAUAUUCUUUUAGUGUAAUAUAAUUUUUAAGAAUAAAAUAUUAUAAAAUAAUUUCGAGUAAUGA